AAUGUGCGUUGGUUAAGCAGUGCCUAUUAUUACCUAUUCAGUUUAACAUAUUGUCUGACGCACGUUUGGAGCUACAUUUUCUUGCUUUUUAUUAAGUACAUUUUUCUUUUAAUUUUCAUUAUCUCUCGUUCUAUUUUUAUAUUGUUCCUCCGUCAAAAUCUCCUUCCUCAUCUGAAGUAUUUUAAAUUGUGAAUUUAUCAAUCCAACUUUAACACUUAUUAUACACAGCACACCGGUACCUUCAUUCGCUUUCCCCAUAUCGGUUAUCAUUCCGACUGUUCCACCAUCGUCAAACUGAACUCUUUUUUUUUUCAACGUGGUACCUUCAUCCACUUGGAAGUAACUUCAGACACUUACCACGGAGACGAUUUUUUUGCAUUUAUAUUAUUAGCAUAUCAUGUCCAGAGUACUCUCUAUCAGUAGGAAGAAGAAUGGACGACGUGAAGAUUCUUCCACAAGUUUGAGUUCUUCGGGCACCGUUACAAGUCUGAUUUUGUCGAAUUCUUCGACACGAAGGUCUAACCUGGUGAAAGACCUAUCAAAGCUAUCCACAAACCCCAUCAGUAUAGCAGUACAGAAAUCCCUUAAACAACUAAAAAGAUUGGAGAUUGAAUACUCUAAAUUUAACUCCAAGACAAACGGCAUAACAAAAACUAAUAUACUUCGUACUUCGCUUCUUCCAUUUUUGAGAGACCCAUUGAGUGAUUUCUCUCUCAUGAUUUCAGACCAAUCUGUUUACAAUAGUUUGAUUAGCAUUAGCACCAAUAUUUUUAUCAAAUGGUGGCGUGCAUUGCUCUCAAGUUUAAGCUUCAAAAACCCAUCAUCCAAAACCCCAACCAUUUCGUCCACUGAUAGAAAUGCAUUCCUUGAAGGAAUCUCAAGAAUAAUAUCUCGUGUAGAUUGGAAUGGUGCCGAUCCUGAAACAUACGUCAAGUUUCAAAAUUUAUUGGUCAUUACUUUGGAUUAUUCAAUCGAAAAGAUACAAACCUUGAAAAUCAUACCAUUGUCAGUUUCUGCAUUUAUUGGGAAAGUAUUUGCAUACUCAUUCUUCCAUUUACCACAAGUUUCUAAUGCAUUAUUAUUUCUUUUGAAUGUUAAACAACAUGUUCAUGAUUCUGUAAUCCAAGUCUUUGCCGAUGAAUCAAUCUCAACAGAAUCUGUUACAACUAUUUUCCAAAAAUUCCCCGUUGCUGUAAGACAUUUACAAAAAUUUAAAGGAUUUCCAAAACUUUCCAAGAAUCAAAAGUUUUAUAUUAAUGCGGUGCCCGCCCCAAAGCAUCCCGUAAGGGGUAUUUCAGACCCAAAUGGUUCCUGGGUUAGAAGAUGGUGUAGUAGUGAUAGUGACAUUUUCAAUUCAUUUUUCCGUCAUUAUAUUAAUAUCACCAACUAUUUCUUAACUUUCCUGUCAAUGCCACAAGAUGGAGAGAUUAAUCAUGAAACAGCUCUUUUCAAUUCACCGGGAUUUACGUUCAUCAUGGCCCACUUAUUACAAAUUUUCCAAGUUUCAACCUCAAGGAUUUGUCAAAAUAAUCCUUGCUUUGGAGGAUUAAAUGUGUUUUUCAAAGAUCAAAUAAUGAAAAACUCGAAUAAGGAAAUGCCACCUUCAAACAUUAAUGAUAUUUAUUACAAUUCAAUUGUGAAGCUUUUAAAAACUUGUCGAGAUGUGAAAUUUGUAAACUCUUGUAUAUCUAGGCCGUUGAUUGGCUUUGUUGACAAGUUGUUCAUAUUUUUAGCUUCCAGAACAUCGGUAUAUGACCAUAACAAGAAUGGAUUGUUGAUUAAUAUUGUAUAUGAAUUCUCCAACCAUGUUGAUAAUGAAAUUAAUUGGGAAUUUUGGUUGAGUAGUUGUUAUCUAAUGAUAUCAAAAACUGAUCAUAUUCAAAUUUUAUUGAAAAAUUUUGCAUUCUUGUUCAAUAUUUGGGAUUUAAUUCCAUUAUCAUUACCUAAUGGAACUUUAGUGGAUCCGAAGAAUGAAUCCCUUCGUUGGAUUACAGAUGUCAAUGAAUCCUAUAAAUGGAACUUUGCUAACUGGUUAGUCUCAUUCCCAGUAUGGCAGAACUUUUUCUGUCAUUGGGAACCAAUUACUAGAACUUAUUAUUUAAGAUUAUUAAUUUGGAGAUUAAUUGGAAUGAAUCAUCUGUUGAAUAAUAAUAUCAAGAUUGAAAAAUCUAUUGAUUUAAACUUGCAAUUAUCAUAUGAUUAUGUUGCUAGAAAAUUUGCAAACCAUAAGAAUAAUGUAUCUUUCAAACCAGAUAAUCCAUUAGUCAACAGAAAAUUUGCUAUACUUCCAUUCGUACCGAAGGAAGAUUUCAACCUUAUGGAUGCAGAUUUAGGAAGUACUGCCUCGUUAAAUAAGUCUAAUGAACUUCGGAAGACGCAUCCUUAUGAAAUAUUUGAUGAGGCUAUUUAUAGUUGCUCUUCAUUACCAAACUCGACAAUCAAUUCCGAAUCUUCAGCUCAACCACUCAAUUUGAAUGACCAAUCAGAUAAACUGUCUCGAGGAAACACGUUGGUCAGUUCGCUUGGAAGAAUUUUGAAGAUUUUAUCAAAUGAAGAGAGAAGAAGUGGUACAGAUAUUACAAAUGUAUUUGCUAAGGAAAGAAAGUCUGGCUCUGCAACUUCAUUAUCCACGGCCAAUUCUGGAUCUUCAAGCCCUAGUAUUAUGUCAAGUUUUUCUACUGCUGCCUCAUUGACAGACUUUUCUACAGAAUCCUCAAUAAAGUCUGAUUCUUCAAGUAGUACUUCAAGUCUCAACCUACCACUGUUAGUACAACCACCUGAACUACUCACUCGGCCCCCUGAAAUAGUUAGACCAAUCUUCAGAUUUGAUCUUGUGGUUGACUUAAAUUCAGUCAAUGAUAGGUUAUAUAUCACCAAUCCAGGAAUAUUACCUCCACAGGAAGAAGAUGGUCGCAGGCUGAUGUACAGCAAGUUGCCUAAAUACCCUCGAAUUCCUAAGUUUACGUCGCUAUAUGAUACUUUAUGGACCGAAGAUGACUUUAUCACUCGACACAAUGGAUACCAAGGUGAAUUGGUUUCUAAUGACGAAGAUGAAGAAGAAGAUGAUGAUGAUAGUGAAGGUGAGUUGAUCAUUUUACCCAAGGUAACAAAUAAUCUAUUGUUCCCAAAUGAUAGGAAGAAUUGGGUAAAUAUCGGAAAGAGUUUGAAUGAAUGGAACGAAAUCGUCCGUGAAUUCGAAUACUUUAUUAAUUCCAAGGUUGAAGACUUUAAAACCAAAUCUAAUGAUAACUACGAAGUGUACUUCAAGAGAGCGGUUCCAUUUUUAUCUGUUGAUAGCGUCAGUGAACUUAAAUUAUUGAAUGCUGGUUAAUAAUAUUUUUUUUUAAUAGAUUUAGAUAUAAAAAUGCAUAUACCAAAGAAUAGGCUAUU